AUGACAAACUUAGAAAACAUCUGUGGCAAGUUUAACUCCUCAAUAGAGAAUAUGAAACUUAUAGUUUGCAAUGAACUUCAAAGUAUAGAUACAACAAAAGUUUUAAACUCAGAUGCUUUGAAGAGUCUUAUAACAGACAAAGUUGGAGUUGUUGAAAGAAAAUAUAAAGACCAAAGAGUUUGUGAAAAUGUUGCAAACUUCAUUAUGGUUUCAAACAAUUCUGUUCCGAUGAAGUUAGAAAGUUCUGACAGAAGAUAUGUAGUUGUCAGAACGUCAGAUUCUCAUAUGCAAGAUACAGAAUAUUUUGACGACUUAGCAGAAACUUUGACAUCUGACUUUUACAACCACUUGUUCUCAUAUUUCAUGACAUUAGAUAUUUCUAAGUUCAAUCCAAGACAAAUUCCACAUACCGAAGAGAGACAAACAUUGUUAGAAGCAAACAAGAGUGUAUAUGAACUGUUCAUAGAUGAAACUGACUUUGAGUGUUUAGAUGAAAGGUCAUUGUACGAUUCGUAUAAACAAUAUUGUCAAGAAUAUGGUUAUAUGACAGCGUCUAAACGAACAUUCUUGGCAAAUGUCAAAAGUCUUUUAGAUGUUCAGAAUGGU